AUGGGGAAAGAGAUGAUAGAAAACGUGAAUGAUGAUGGGGAGCUUGAGGAGCUUGAGAUGUUGCUGAAUGAGAUCCCUCAGGCAACAUCACACAAUCUUGUUAAUCUUUACCAUAGGAAUGGACAUGAUCAUGGUGGUGUUGAUGAUGAUCAUGGUCCUUUUGUGACUGAGGCAACCCAUAAAAUGGGUUGUAUGUAUGAUGAUGACCCAUUAACUCAGAUUCAGUAUCCAUUUGCCUCAUCACCUGUCAGUGGCUUCUCUUUGCAAUCUGAUGGCUCUUCCUCAAGCUUAUUCUCUGUUGGGCAUGCCUUAUCUGACACUGGAUCACCAUCCCCUCCUACAGUGGAGGAUCUUAAAUCCACCAUGCCUUCUGGAAGUUCUUGUCUCUCAAAUCGUUUCUGGUUGGAUUCAAUGACACCUGAUUCAACUGUUAUGAAGGCCUAUGAAAGCUUGGUUGAUGAACUAGGCAUCUGUGCCAAUUUGUGUCAAAUGUACAUCAGCAAUCAACAAGAGAAUCGUUAUGAUUCCAAAAAUGCUUCAAUGGGCAUGAAUAGGCUUCCAUUUCCUGAUAGUUCCUUAAAUGGAAAUAGUCCAAUCAAUGCUCAUAAACAUGGGGAUUAUUACAAUUUCAAGAGAGGUUUUUUAGAUGGUGUGGGGGUUCAAUCCCCACUUCCCAGGAGUGCUAUAAAUCAUGAUGCUGAAAUGAAUUCAGCAUUGUCAGGAUUAACCCAUAAUUAUGGAAUGUCUAAUUUGUUUGGAUCAAGACACUGUGCCAAUAGGCCUGAGACAAUACUUCCUCAAUUAAAUGGCUUUAGUGCUUCAAUAGAUUCUCCAAUGCACAGAAGGAAGCUGAUAAAUAACUACUAUUAUAGAGGAAAUCAACCACCAGAACCUACUGCUUCUUUGAGCAGAAAUCCAAUGGAUGAUGCUUUCCUUUAUGCACAGAAAAAUGGAAUGAAUAUAAUGGAAGAAACGGGCAUAUCAAGAUUACCUAGCUCUUCCCAUUGUACUAAUUUAAGACCUCACUGGAGUGUUCAAAAUUUACUGCAGUAUAACCAUUCUCUGUCUAAUAAUGCAAGAGCUGUGCCACCUUUAAAUGCUAGAAUCCCUCAAGGAAAUAUAGAUGCUAUUACAAGUGAGGGAAGCUUCAUCAUACAAGGUGAAGGUUCAAAUUAUGUUGUUGGCAGAGGUUUGGAUCGAUCAAGGUGUCAGAGUAAGGCUGCUGAACGAGAAACUGGCUUUGCUAAGCAUAUACAAAGAUCAGAGCUAGGCAUGCGGUGCCAGGUUUUAGGAACUCAUGAAAUUCAUAAGAGUUAUAGCACUGGCUGCUCAUUUCCUUUGCCAUCCAAGUACAAUUCCCUAGCUGAAGCUCGAGGAUAUGUAUAUUUAAUGGCCAAGGAUCAGCAUGGCUGUAGGUUUUUGCAAAGAAUGUUUGAUGAGGGUACCCCAGAAGAUGUUCAAGUGAUAUUUGAGGAGAUCAUUGAUCAUGUAGUGGAACUUAUGGUGAAUCCUUUUGGAAAUUACCUUAUGCAGAAGUUAUUGGAUGUAUGCAAUGAAGAACAGAGGACACAGAUCCUACUAAUAAUUACUGAAGAACCAGGGCAGCUUGUCAGAAUCUCUUUAAACACUCAUGGCACUCGUGUGGUACAGAAGCUGAUAGAGACUCUCAAGACUAGGCAGCAAAUUUCAUUAGCCGUAUCAGCUCUUGAACCAGGAUUCUUGGCUCUCAUCAAAGAUCUAAAUGGAAACCAUGUAAUUCAGCGUUGCUUGUUAUGCUUAAACAGUGAAGAUAACAAGUUUAUAUUUGUUGCUGCUGCAAAGUAUUGUGUUGACAUUGCAACUCAUCAACAUGGAUGCUGUGUUCUGCAAAGAUGUAUUGCCCAUUCAAGCGGGGAGCAUCGAGAAAAACUGAUUGCAGAAAUAUCUGCUAAUGCACUUCUGCUAGCUCAAGAUCAUUACGGAAAUUAUGUUGUUCAAUUUAUCAUGGACUUAAGGAUUCCAUCUGCCACCACAAAUAUAAGUUCUCAAUUUGAAGGUUACUAUGUUCACCUGUCAAGACACAAGUUCGGCAGUCAUGUGGUUGAAAAAUGUCUUUCCGUAUUCAAUGAUGAGAAUAGGUCAAGAGUCAUUCAUGAACUGCUCUCUGCUCCUCACUUUGAACACUUGCUUCAAGAUCCACAUGCAAACUAUGUUGUUCAAUCAGCUCUUCGGCAUUCUGAGGGCCGUGUGCAUAAUUUACUAGUUGAAGCAGUUGAGUCCCACAAAGCCAUUUCUCGAAAUAGCCCCUAUUCCAAGAAGAUUUUCUCGCAGAAGCUUUUGAAGAAAUGA